UUUGGAACUGCUGAUACGCUCUACACUGAAUCCACAGUUUUCGCAGGAUCAGAAGUGAGCCCCACAGUCAGAGAGGGGUGUUGUGGCUAAUGCAGAGGUCGCUAAAACAACAAAAGAACGAAGAAACCAGAGAGGAGCAUUGGAGCACCAUAGAUCUGAUCCUGUAAUAUGAAGGUGGAUGGAGUGGCAAUGAAGCUGUCUGCCUGACUGAGCAUCUCCUCAUUAUCAUUCCCCCUCCCCUCUCUUCAUCCAAUUCCCUAGUCCUAUCUGCCAUCCCCCUCUCCACCACAUACAGAGCCAAACAACUACCACCACCGAUCACUAACAUCAUCGCGCACACAUAUAGAGACACACACACAAACACACACACACUAUCCCUCUCUCCUGGGAUACGAUUUGAAGAUUCACAAGUGCAGCCUCUCAUUUGUAAUCAGUUGAAAGAGAGGAUUAUCUCAAGGUUUGCCCAAUCUUGUUCCCGGCCAGGAUAGAGGGACGGAGGAGGAAGAGGAGGAAGAGACUGGAGAGGAGGGAGGGCUCUGUGGAUGGUGCGUGGCGAGAGGAGGUCACCUGUAGGGAACCACUUUCCUUUCCUUUCAAACAACCUGGACUAACAGGGGUUUAUCCUGGGAUCCUGGGGGAUAACUUGACUCUGACACAAAGAAAGAGAGAGAGAGAGUAAAUAAAGAAGAGGAACAUAAGGAUCUUAUAUUUUUUUCUAAAAGGGCUUUCCCAUGGCAGAGAGUGGGCAUCCCGUGUCAGCACUAUACCCACCAGGGGGGAGUGUUUCCCCUGACUCUGCCCUCUGCACCGACCCCCUCCUGCCUCUCUCUAAGAGUUCCACAGAUGGGCUGACAGGUCCUCUGAGGCAGGAGGAACUCAGGAAGGGCUCCAGUGAGCAUACGGCUCCAUGCUCCCAAAGAGACAGAGAAACGGGCAGACAGGGGCCUUCUCAGGUCGUCCAGCACAACAUCCAACCGGACACAUCUGUCCGCGUGGACCCCAGGAAUGCUGUCCGCCCUCACACAGCCCAUCACCACGAAGAGGGAGUCACCAAUCAUGGUCACCAAGCCUUCGGAGAGAGCCAGGCGCCCCACCCCUUAUCAUCAUCACAGAGAGACCUGGGAGGACUGGAUCUAUCCAGGCUGAAUGUCCAGAGGAGUCACUCAGAUCCCCUCCACAUGCUCAGGGAGGUCCCUGCCCCUCCACCUCACAGUGAAACCAGCUGCCCUUCGUGCCCAGGGAGAGACGACCUUUCCCAGGAUGCCUCUCAUAAGGCUUUCUCCACCUUAGCCUGCAAGCAGCCCUUGCAGCUCCAGCACUGCAAUACAACCACAACCAACCCCACUGCCUGCAGACGGGGAAACGGCGGGGGAGGCAGACCCACACAGCAGCCUCAGGCCGGGUAUGUCAGGGUUGGUGCCCCUAGCCCCUCUAACACAGCCGCUAAGGUCGGCGGUGAGGCCCAACGCCUACAAUCAUGUGAGGAGGCCAUCUGCUAUUGCACUUUCAUCCACCCCCACGGGACGUUGAAGGACACUUUUGCGGCCUACUGCCACCCCCAACCCAUCCCCACCCCUGCCCAGCUGCUGCCACACCUUCCGGGCACAGAAGCUGAGUUCAGGGACCAGAGGGUGCUCCCGCCUCACCUGGCGCCUACCCUCCUCUCCCUCCCUCGCCUCAUGUCCUCCGUCAGCGAGACAGGGCUGGAUGCCAAGCGCCUGCUGCAAUGCUGCAACCUCAAUUGUAACCUCAACUGCUCCUGGGCCAAAACUCUACACCCUAGUGGAGCCCUGCAGCAGGACAUUCAGAAAUAUAGCUGUAUAAGCAGCAAUAAUGGAGCCACCAGGGACACAGGGACCAUGAUGUCCCCCAGGGAGCUCAGGGACGUGGGGGUGCAGACGGGCCAGGUCCACGAGACGUGUCCGGCCCACGUGUUCCCCCAGGUCUGCCUGGUGGAGGAGAAUGGGAAUGAGAACGGGAACGGGAACGAGACAGACACGUCCCAGAAGCCCCCAGUGAAGGAGGUGAAGUGGGAUGCGGAAGGGAUGACAUGGGAGGUGUACGGGGCUUCUGUGGAUCCUGAGGAGCUGGGCCUGGCCAUCCAAAAGCACCUGGAGCUGCAGAUCAAGGAGACUGCUGGCCUCGCUGCCAAGCUGUCCCGCCAGGAUCCAGCUACAUCCAGGAAGAGCAUUGGUGGUGCCGUUGGCUGGAGGAAGAGGAGCGGGGUGUUGGGCUAUAUCAGAACCCCAGCCUGCUGCGCACGCUCCAGCACGGCCGUGGACUGAGAGGGGAAACCUGAACACUGGGUUCCAUGGUCAAGAUGGCAGUUGCUUUAUUGCACAUCAAAUGUGACUCCAAUUCACCAGAGAUAGUGUCUGGAUUAGGUCUGGAUUAAGAGAAUCUUUGUGGUUGUCAGAAUCAUGGCAUGUGUACAAGAACCUACCAUCAUAUUGCUGAAAGAGGUGAAUGGAAAGACAGUGAAAGGUUCCAUUUGGAUGGAUUUGAUUGGUAACAGUACCUUCAUCACCGUAGAUGCCAAGUGAUAGAACAGAGUGCUGCCAUAACAGUCAUACAAAGUGAUAUAAUGGUUUCUUACUCAUUUAAGAAUGUUUUAUUUACUGGGGGGGAUAACUCGAUCUGAACAAGGGGUUUCUGUAAACGAACUUGCACAAAGGUAUAAACACAGUGUAGGAAAAGAAAGCUCCAAUACAGCACAGACUUCGAAUCACUAUGGCUAGAAAUAUGUGUCUAUCUUCCUUCUCAUUUCUGAUGCUAUGAUUUAGUCAAAUUCUGUGUGAAUGUUUGAAACAUACCGUAUACUGUAUAGGAUUUAGCACAUGGUAGAGACCACAGAAAUGUAUACCUUUUGACAAUCACUUCUACCGCUCUGUAUUCACAUAGAAAAUAUAGAAAAGUUAUCACAAUGCUGAAUUGACAGUACGUCAUUAGACUAGCAUAGAGCAAGACUUAAACUGACCUCCGAUGAUUCAUGCAGCACUGUGAUGCAGAGGAGAAUACCGUAACAUAGAGAAGGGGUUAACAGACUGGAGAAUGUGUAUCAAGAACGCAAACAUCUCAUCACAUCAUACAAUAUAUUAAUGCACAUAACAAUAGGUGAAAUGGCGUGUUUGUGAAUACAUUUUUCACUCCAUUUUUCAACUUCUCUUAUAUAAACAGUUAUUGCGUUUGACCCUUUAAUGCCAGGUAGACAAACUCAUUCCAUGGAGGGCGUAGUGUCUGCUGGUUGUUGAUUUUCCCUGUUAAUUAAGACCUAGACAACAAGGUCCGGGAAGUUCCUUAUAAUCAGUGGCCUUAAUUAAACAAUGAAGUACAAGAGAGGAAGCAACAACCCGCAGACACUCAGCCCUCCGCGGAAUGAGUUUGACACGUGCUUUCAUGUAUAUGUUCUGUGUGAUGAUUGUCUUGUGGACUCAAAACCACAGCCAAAUAAUUAGUUUAGUCAUAUAUCUAACCAGAAGGUUAAAAGUGAACUGUUAACCAGUAAACAGUCAUGUUGUUUAUCAAAUAACAAUCACUGAAAAGACCCACACCUCUACUCUUGAGUCUGAAUUCUAUCACUACUGUAACAGUAUCUUGUCAAUUUACUGUGCCAUAGCAAUGUACUGCAUUGGUAUUGUAAAAUGGAUGAGUUACAACUAGCCGGUUAGAUUGAUAAACCUGUCAAGUAUGUAAUUUACAACAUAUUGCAUUCGCGAGAGAUUUUGACCAAUCACAACAAGUGCUGUAACCUGAUUUAAAGUUGCUUUUUACUGUGGCUACAAUGCAGCGAGAAUUGUUUCAUCAUGAUAUCAGUUGUAUAAUGUCGAAGAAAGCUAUUGUUGUUUAUUAAAUAAUGACCAAGCUUGGCAUUAAAGGGC